AUGGGUAACGCGAAAAGUGAAUUGAUAAACACCUGGUAUAGGCUUUUAGAAUGCAUUGUUAGGAAGCUGCCAGAUUCACUCGAAUAUAAAGCUAGAGGAAUAUGCUUCCCAAAAGGUCAAGACGCUGCCUCAAAAGGGAAUUGCGAAGUGCUGAAAGGUGCUGUGAAGAUAUACCAAAACCAGCUAAAGGAGUAUGAGCGAAGUUUUCCAGAUUUCCUGCUGCGACCUGCAAAAGAUGGUUCCUACUUCAAGAAUGUACCAAAUUCAAGUGCUAUUAAGCUCAUUGACUUCGGCAGUACUACGUUUGAACAUCAGGAUCAUACUUAUGUGGUGUCUACACGUCAUUACCGUGCUCCAGAGGUUAUUUUAGGUCUUGGAUGGAAUUAUCCCUGUGAUAUGUGGAGUAUAGGUUGCAUACUUGUUGAGCUUUGCUCUGGCGAGGCUCUUUUUCAAACACAUGAGAACUUAGAACAUCUCGCAAUGAUGGAAAAGGUGCUAGGGCCUCUUCCUCAACACAUGUCUGUGAGAGCUGAUCGCCGUGCUGAGAAAUAUUUUAGAAGGGGUGCAAGGUUGGAUUGGCCAGAGCGUGCAACUUCAAGUGAAAGUAUGAGGGCUGUCUGGAAAUUGCCUCGCCUCCAGAACCUAAUAAUGCAGCAUGUGGACCACUCUGCUGGAGAUCUCAUUGAUCUUCUGCAAGGGCUUCUUUGUUUUGGCCCAACAGAACGGCUGAAAGCUAGAGAAGCAUUACGGCACCCCUUCUUUACUAGAGACCUGAGAAGGUGUGGUUAUCCAAUGUAAUUGACAUCCUCUUAUUUUAAUCUGUGUUUCAGUUGAAAAGAUGUGUGAAUGAGUCCUUAUAAUGAAAUUUCCCCCCUCCCGCACGGGAAAAACGAAUAAAAAGAAGAAAAUGAAAUAAAAAGCAAAUCCCAAGGAAGAAGAUAGAAGAUCAAGGUAGGGAUGCAUGCGUCAUAUUUCCAGUAUGCCUGUCCUUGUAUAGUGUUGCUUCUCUUGUCAGCUCUGUUUUUUUUUUUUUUGGGCACUUGUUGCACUAAUCAUCCUGAUCUCUCAUCUGUUCUUUGGUACUUCUUUUUGGUUCUUUCAUGGUGUGAUAAUAUGAAACUAAUGUUGGUGGAUUA